AAGAUCACCUCCAUCACUGCGUCCCUGAAGCCCUGCCCCAUCUGACUGACUGAUGUGUAUAAAGAUACUUUAAGGGCGUUUGUGUCAGCGGAGAUGUUGGCAGGUGUGUUAGCUCUGGCCACCAUCCUUACAGCUGUACCAGGUAUCCAGAGCAGGUGGAGUGUGACAUUUUCUCGAAGGGAGAUCUGUGUGUGGGCAGGAACAACUGUAACUUUGCCCUGCAGAUAUGACUACCCUUCAGGUCACACUGUGAAGAGGGUCAUGUGGUUCCGGGUUUCUACAGACGGUCGCAGGGAGUUUACUCACCACACGGACCCAAACCAGAUCAGCCUGUCUUACAGAGGACGUACACGCUACAUUGGGGGAAGCUACUCCAGCUGUUCAGUCCAGAUCCGGGUUGUGAGACUGAGUGAUGCAGGUCAGUACCACUUCAGGUUUGAGACGGACCAACCACUGGGGAGAUGGACCUCCCCCAACACCAUCACUCUGGAUGUGACAGACCUCCAGGUCCAGGUCCAUCCAGCACGGCCCUCAAACAUGUUUGGAUUUGGUGAGACUGUGUUUGUCGGCUGUCAGGCUUCAGGAUGUGCUGCACCUGGAAGGAGCCUUGCUCUGUACAGGAAUGGACUCAACCUGGGCUCCUAUGAGAAAUGGAUGAUUAUAAACCGAUUUGACCUGCAGCACGCUGGAGCAUACAGCUGUCGACCGAUCCCACCACAGAACGUCCAGUCACCCUCUCUCUCCCUCGCUCUGGGACACACUCCUCGCUCCACCUCCAUAUCAGUCUUUCCUGUAGGGGAGUUGUCAGAGGGGGGAUCAGCCACUCUGACCUGCAGCAGUGAUGCAGCUCCACCUGUGGAGAGCUAUGCAUGGUUCAAAGAUAUGGAAAGCGGCAGCAUCCCAGACAGUUUCAGGCCUCAGCUCCUCCUGCCUCACCUCAAAUACACAGACAGAGGAGAGUAUUUCUGUGUAGCAAGAAACUCAUUGGGAACUGACCGCUCCAAAUCCCUCCUGCUCAAUGUCACCUACUCUCCAAAGAACACGCGUGUGCUGCUGAGUCCUCCAGGGGACAUCAGAGAGGGCUCGUAUGUAAACUUGAGCUGUGUAAACCAAGCCCACCCUCCUGCUAGCAGGUUUGUUUGGUAUCAUAUUGUAGGUGAUCAGAUGAUGAAUAAAGGAAACGUCCAGAAUCUGACGUUCCCCUCAGUGCGGGCUCGUCACACUGGUCAGUACUACUGCUCAGCAUGGAACCGGUUAGGAUACCAAAGCUCCCCUGUGGCUACACUCACAGUACUGUAUCCUCCUAAGAACACGUCUGUUCUGGCUCGUCCCUCCACUGUGGUGGACGCUGGCCGGCCUUUGACGUUGACCUGCAGCAGUCAGGCUAACCCCGCAGUGGACAACUUCACAUGGCACCGUCUAGCUCUGGACGGGGGCUCUGUACAAUCGUGGGGCACAAAGUCCGGGCCUGUCUUCACCUUCUCAGAGGUCGGCCCUGGAGAGAGCGGUCAGUACUACUGCGAGGCCAGGAACCGAAUCGGAGCCCACAGCUCUCCUGUCCUCACCGUACGAGUCAGAGGUCGUCUAAAGGUCAUCGCCCUGGCGUCGGCUGUAGGCGUGUCUGCUGGACUCAUCACUCUCACUGUGGCCAUUAUGAUCAGUAAGAACAUGCACAGAGUAGACAUGGAGACAGGAGAGGUACCAAACAAGCGUCCAUCAGUGACAGCUGACACCAUGUUUUACGAGUUAGCCCAGCAGAGCUUUCCAAUGAGGAAGGGCAAGAUGUCCGACAUACCGGAGGAGCCAGAAGACUUGAGUGACAGCUGCCACCCGGCCAUCGUCCCCCUGAAGGAUGCCUCUCCAAUCACAGAAGUUGAAAGUCGAAGCCCCGCCCCCAACUGCAUCACUGUCCAUUACUCCAAAUUGUCCAGCUCAGAACAUGUGCAGGUCCACAAUCUGCCACGAGGGGGAGACAGAAAGCCCAAGGAUUCAUCCAAAGUUGUUUACACUUUGCUGCAGCAGCCAUGCCACUAACAGCAAAACGAUGGCAAAUCAGCACACCUGAUGUGAACCGAUCCAUGUACUUCUCAGACUGUGGGACAGGUCAGUCGCUCCUUGUGGACCCGGAUGAUGCCUUACUGUGCGUGUGCGUUGUAGGCCUGACAUGUUUCAUCUGACCCUGAGAACAACUUUGGGCUGUGGUCCAAAACUGUGUUGCAUGUCUUUUCCUGUUUUUGUUCUAUGCAUCUAACCCCUGUAUGCACCCUGAUGAAGGACACAUGCUUCAAACAAUUGUCUGCCACGUUGCUUGAUCCACCCUACAUGCUAAAUACAGUACAGUAUACUGCUGCUUUUAAGUCGAUGGAUGAAAAGGAAUUUCCCAAACCUAUAAUUAUUCCAAGCCACAAAGAGACUGGUUGCUAUUUCCUCAACAUUGAACUAUAAUUGUUUGUAUUAGAAUAUAGUUCCUUUGUAUAGAUACUUUAGUGUCAGUAAUCUGUAGAAAAUAAUUUGACAUUUAUGAAGAAUGUGUAAUAUUUGACACAUUCAGAUGUUCACACUUAUAGUGGACUGACCUAUAGAGACGCUCAUUUUGACUGAAAAUAAUGAAAUAUAAUUACAUAAUUGGAAACAACAAAAAGUAUUGGUGCUUGGAAGUUUGUUGGAAUUUUUUCAAGUGAACCAAAAAAAAAAACAGGCGGUAAAGCUUACCGAAGUGAGGAGUGACAGUAAGGAAAGUUAAAGGGUUAAAUCAUUGAGAUUGUCUGAAUUCUCAUAAAAAUGUGUCUCAGGAUUAUAAAAGAGAAAAUAUCAUAUCUCUCUUACGCGUCAGUUUCUUUCUUACAGUUUGACUGACAGUAUUUGUUUUGGUACAAUGAUGUGAUAAAACGUAGAUCCUGAUGGUCAGCCAUGUUUAACAAUAGUGGCAAUAAAGAGUUGAUAUCAAAAACA